AUUAAUGCUGCACCGAAGAAAUUGAAUUCGUGACACCGGUGCGUAUAGACGUUAAAACUUUUUGCAUCGUGUGUGUCUUGGGGGGAGCUCUGGAAGGCAGUAGUGCAGUCAGACAAACUCUGAGUGAACACAGAGUGCAAAGAGAGCGCAAACAGUGAAUAUCUACGAGCGCUUGCAGAGGCGUACACAAACGCCCCGACUAGUAAUGUAAGACGCCAGGUUUUGUCGAUCAUUGCCGACAUCUUCACACCCGCAGAUCAGAAAGUUCAUCCCUGGGCUAUCCAAAUACAUGUUUUGUAAGGCAAGGGAACAUUGUCUGAUGUGUGGACGCGGAACUCUGCAGAAUCCUGAACCGAAUACCCGAGUCCUUAUGUCAUACAGGACGUGCCAUUCGGUCAAAGAGAGAUGAAAUUAUCGUCGGGAGAAGUUCUUUCUGCCCCAAAUGUGAUCCGAGUCUCUGUGAAUGAGAAAAUCGAGGAGCAGUACCUAGCCUACAGUGAGGAGUGCAAAGUGGACACGCUGAGUAGGAGCAUCCUCAGGCGGGUGCUUACGACCUGCAGCGCAUCAUUCAGCUUGCAAGGGCUAGACAACUUUGCCGCGGACGGGAAUAAGGGAUUUGAUGACCUCUUGCAAAUAGUAGACAAGCUGGAUGAGCUAGGAGCAGUAGAUGGACAACUGAAGAGGAAGCUGAAAGAAGGACGAAAUUACCUGAAGGGGGACUACAAGAUCCACUGCACACCUAGCUCAGAUAUCCUGAUCACUGCAGUCAUUACACGUUAAGGACUCCGCAUUCCAGACUACAUGAAGCCACGACCACAAUUUGAGGUGUGAACGUUGUGAAGCUCUAAAAAGCACUCUUAUCGAGGUUGAAAAUGCCGUCAAGCAAGUAGGCCUCGACUCCUAGUAUGAAAAAGACGACCUGCUUAUCGGGAAGCAAUCAACUCAAUCAACAAUUGGAAGGCUCACUAAUUGCGCAUGAUUCACCAAGACCAAGCGCGUCUUGACAUAUUAGACGAAUUAGACGAAACGUGCGCUUUAUUGUUACAAGACUAGUCGAUGAAAUUCCUGCCAAGACAGUACUACGAGUCGCAGGGAGAAUGGUUCGCUAAGAGGGCAUUGUCUUGGCACAUCACAGUACUAAAAAAAUGAUGAACAGCUGCAAACGCAAACGUUUGUCCAUGCAGUAGAUGAGUGUGCCCAGGACAGUGCUUGCGAGGUGGCCCUGAUGGAGCACAUUCUCACUACCAUCCACAGAGAGAAUCCUGAGACCAGGCAUGUGUUUUACCGUCAAGAUAACGCAGGGUGUUACCAUACCCUCACCACGAUCGCCGCCUGCCCUCUUUUCAGCAGACAGACCGGUAUUACGAUACGGAGGAUGGACUUCUCCGAUCCACAAGGGGGCAAGGGUUAAUGCGACAGGAUGGCUGCAACCGUGAGGAAUCACGUGCGGGCUUUCAUCAAUGAAGGUCAUAACGUAAGCAACAUGACAGAGUUCAAAGCUGCCAUGCUAUCCCACGGAGGUAUGACAUGAUCAUUAUCGUUUCAACUAUCCAUGUGAACCACCAUCCAUCAUUCACCAUUCCAAGAGGAAGGUAAAAAACCCUUAACUCAUAACAUAAGCGCCCACCAUCCAUCAUUCACCAUUUUUACGCUAAAAGCGCACAUACAUGUACUCGUGCUUAUUUCAUGUGAUUCAUGCAUUUAUUUCAGAACUGCAGGUCUAUAACACACAUGGUAGCAGUGAUAAGCAUGUAAUCGCUGUAUCGAGUAAAUCACGUGAUGAAGAGUUUGGCAAUGAGGAGAGCGACAAAGAUGUUAGUGGAGAGC